GGUUUGGCUCUCGAUUCAUUGUCUCUCGUCUCCCCUUGCUCGGUGGUGUAUUCUUUUCUGCUCCAAAGAAUAAUACUAAUAUUGAAGCUGUCUACAGCGCUUUUGAUGCGAUGAAUGUUUUAUGCGUAUGCACGCGACACGACACUCGCCUUCCCUUGCGUUUACCGUCCAAAAGUUCAGACAAUUUUGGCCUCUUCUUGGCCUCGAUGCCGAUGCUACCUGCCACUGAUUCCAGCUGCUUCCAAUUAACAGAAGAAAAAAAAUGGCUUUAUCAAACUCCCAGUUUCUUGCGGUUAUCAAUUUCUUUAAACACGCUCGAUGAUGCCAGCGGUUGGCGCCGGCGCCGGGGCUUCCUGACAGAAUAAAUACCAGAAGCGGCAGUUGCAUAUUCGCGUUGCAUUCCCUUGCCCUGCAAGCCUGCAACUGCGUGCCCGAGAGAGACAGAGUGUACAGGCCGCCAUGGAUGAUUAUACCUGCCUCUGCGUGCGUGCUUGCAGGGCCGAUGGGUGAACACCUCGCGCUGCUGGUGGACCGCCUGCUCACGGAGUCCACGCUGGAGGCGGCCGUCGGGAGCAGGAAGCAGCCGGACGCGGAGGACACGCCGGCGGCGAUCGUCUACUGCUGUGACAUCGCCGCCGCUGGCGGCGACCCGAGCAAGAUGGUGGAGUGCAGGAUCUGCCAGGAGGAGGACUGGGACGCCGGCAUGGAAGCCCCCUGCGCCUGCCGCGGCAGCCUCAAGUACGCCCACCGAAAAUGUAUCCAGCGUUGGUGCAACGAGAAGGGCGACACCGUCUGUGAAAUAUGCUUGCAGCAAUUCAGGCCAGGUUACACUGCCCCACAGCAGCUGUUCCACUAUGGAAGCAUACCAAUGAACUUCAGGGGGAACUGGGAGGUUGCGCGGCACGAUCUCCACGACUCGCAGGUCAUAACAAUGGUGCCCUCGGAGCGCGACUUCAUGGACGAGUACGACGACUACUUUCCAGUCAGGACGAGGAGCAGCGCCCUGUGCUGCCGGACAGUCGCCAUCAUUUUCUUGGCCCUCCUGGUUCUCCGGCACACUCUUCCUCUCAUGGUCGGAGGCGACGGGGAGUACUCGUUUGCUCUGUUUUUGCUCCUUGUGCUGAGGACCGCCGGAAUUCUGUUUCCGAUCUUGGUGAUGGUGAGAGCAAUGGCAACCUUCCAUCGUCGUCGUCGCCAACAGAUCACUUGAUGCUGCAGGGAAACCAGGGAACUUACAUGUUCUUCUCGGACACCGAGGACGAGGACGAUGACGACGAGGAGGAAGAAGAGGAUGCCGGCGCCGAUCCUGCGCUGCCUCGCUACCAACCACGCCUUGUCCCCGUCUACUGACACCAUACAAGUCGGCGCGGCGUCAGUGUGGUUAACAGAAGCAAAGAUCCCAAGAAACAGGGGAAAAGAUACUGAUGUAGUAGGAUAGUCUGAAGCCACUCGCUUCUGUGUGCACAAGAAAUAGAAGAAUGCAGUGGCUCUGUACAUACCACAAGACUGACCCAGACGAUGUAAAUUGUGAGCUUCUCAGGCUCUCCCAUGUUCAAGAGAUUACCUAAAAUUACUUGCAAAUGGAAGCAAGUGCAAGCCGGUAUCUUAACCUGU